CAAGCAGCAUUUGAACGCCACAAGCCGCACAGAUCAACCACCUCAACUGAAAUGCAACCAGAAAAGCUCUAAUCCCAAUGUGGACAUCGUGUUUAGUGGCACUGGGGUCAAAGAUCAUGCUCCUGUAGUAGGUCAGACUCACAGCCGUGUACACCAGCUCCCUGACCCCCAGUCAACACACGAGGAGCAGAGAUCAGGUGACUCAAACACUCAGCAUGUCAGUGAAGCAGCCUCAGAGAGAGCAGAUGAUGGAGGAGCUGUUGCCUGCCUGCUUGCCUUUACUGAAGAAGUCAGUGAUGAGAUCUCCCGUCUGGUAAGGGUAGAAAGUAUCAACCAGCCAUGCCGAGAACAAACAGCUCAUUACUCGCCACUAUUUCCCAGUGUGGAUGAAGAGUCUAGUUUAGACAAUGUGACAAUAAAGCAGGAGAUCCUAGAAGAGGGGAAGACGAUUCAGCCUUCUGUUUGGACUCGAUGAAAGUGGAGGAUUUCACCCCGGACUGCAUGUCAGCAAUCCAGGCUGAAAUGCUGGUGGAGUGUAAACCAGAAGUGCUGGAGGGACAGAUCGACGAAUCAAACGCUCCUCUGUCCUGCACCAGACUGGCUCAGGAGUUACCAAACAUCUUCCCUCUGGCAGAACCAGCUCCCAUCCCAGAAGCCCCCCCACAGGGUUAUGUCCACAGGAGGAAUAGUCGCAACCUCGGCCACUCCGCCACCAACCUCUGCGCCUGCAAGUCCUGCGGCCAGUCGUUCCCCCUGCCCAGCCUGCUGAGGCGGCACCACAGCCAGUGCCAGCAGAGGCUUCAGCACUGCUAUCCGCCGGUAGAUAUAGACAAGAGGCCCAAACUGCAGCUUUUCCCCCCGGGCUGCAGCCCCUUCCGCUGCACUGAGUGCAAUCGAGAGUUCAACCGCUUGGAGAACCUCAAGACUCACCUUCGCAUCCACACAGGAGAGAUGCCGUACAAAUGCUCGGUUUGCUCCAAGUGUUUCCGUCACUCCGGGGCGUUAACCAGGCAUUUCCGCAUCCACACAGGAGAGAAGCCUUACAUCUGCGGACAGUGUGGGAAGUCCUUCAGGAACUGUGGGGGGGCUUAAAUUCCACCAGCGAUCACAUAGCAAGCAACUACAGUAGUUUUUUUAGAUUCAUGGACAAAGCCAUUUUUAAAUGGUCAAAUCAUUUUUGUGCAAAAGUGAAAAGAUACUUUACGGCACACAUAUUUAGUCUUAACUGAAACCUGGGUGACAUUUGUAUCAUCAUUAGUCAAAACUUUAUCUAACAGGUCUUACCUCUGAGAUCCCUUUUUUUUUUUUAAAGAGCUCUCAACCAGAAAAUAGGAUCAGUUUAAUUGAUAGGAACUGUCAAGUGUAUCAUAUUGAAUUCAAGCCAUAGAUUAUUCUUUGACUGAAACAAAAACGAUUAGCUGUAUUUUCAGUGAUGUUCAACAAAUCAGUGUCUUCUCAUUUGUAGAAAAAUAACGAGUAGAAAUACAAUGUAUUGAAAAUGUAGCAGUGCAAUCAGCCACAACUGCGUAUGAUGGCUCAGUAGACACUUAUUGAUAUGAAGUGUUUGGAACCUUUCAGUGUAACUCUACUCAACUUGUUUCAUGAGAGUUAUUAAAUAAUCUUUUUUUCUUUUUUAAUAACAAGUAUUGUUUUUAAAGUUGUUUUUUUCACUGAUGUCUCUUGAUAUAAUUUCAUGGAAACUAUGGACACCAAUUCAAAUUCAAGAUUUGAUUUUAAGCAGAGGUAGAAAGUAUAUUCAAGCCACGAAUGGCAUGAGAUGUAUCAAGGUCAAGUAAAAAAAUAGCAUCUUUGGAGUCGUAGACACUCAGACUGCCAGGAGAGGGUGAAAAAUAUCACAAACUGUGUAAUCACAAUCUUGUUUUUAAAUAUAUGGUUGUUGGUAAAUGUGAGUUAUGCAGGUGUUCAGACAGAGGGUCACAUUUUCCAUUAUUACUUAUAAUUGACAUUAACCCAAAUGCAACACAUGUUCAACUCACAAAACAUACUCAGUCAGAAACAAGGAUUCCUAAAACCUGCAUAAUCAAAUGUCUCUUUCCCUCACGGAGAAUCUCUCUAAGUUGAAGGUUUGAUUUGCAUAGGUAUGAAAACAGAGCUCCAAAUCUCUAAAUUGUAAACUCUACCCUUUAUCACAGCUAAACUGUCAGGUGAAUUACUUUCUGCUCUGUUGGAAUGUGUUUCUCUCCGUCAAUGACAACUUUCCUCUCUGCCAUGUUGAAGUGUCCUCAAGCUGUGUUACUAUGAAACUGCCUAACUCCUUUAACAAGGCAUUAUAUUGCUAAUAAAUUAAGUCUACUUCAGCUCAGAAA